AUGGGCAGCAUCGAAAAUCCUCUCCCUGUGGAGGGCGACUGCUUUGCCUCCGAUGGUGACUACUUGAUUCCAAAUGUUGAAAUGGGCUCGUCUCGCCAAUUGAAAAUUAUUUGCAUCGGCGCAGGCGCUUCUGGACUCAAUCUCGCCUUCCAAGCUCGAGCGCAUCUACGUGACGUUGACCUUGUCAUCUUUGAAAAGAACAACGAGGUCGGUGGCACAUGGUACGAAAACAGGUACCCAGGUUGUGCGUGUGAUAUUCCCGCUCACAACUACCAAUUUUCAUGGGCACAGAAUCCGGACUGGAGUCACUUUUAUGCCACGGCCCCUGAGAUCCAUAAAUAUUUGUUAGACACGUCAUACAAAUAUGACCUCCGACAAUACGUUCGGUUCCAGCAUCGCGUACUGGAUGCUCACUGGGAUGAAGAGACUGGUAUGUGGAACCUGAGGAUCGAAGACGAGAUCUCAGGCGAGGUUCUGUCGGACUCCUGCCAUUUUCUGUUCAACGGUGGAGGUUAUCUAAAUCAUUGGAAAUGGCCCACGAUCGAAGGGUUGCACACAUUCCAAGGCGACCUUGUGCAUACGGCAAAUUGGACAGCGGGCAUUGAUCUUCGGGACAAGAAAGUUGGGGUCAUCGGAAACGGCUCUUCUGGGAUGCAAGUUCUUGCAGCCAUCUAUCCAGAUGUUCAUUCUCUGGUUUCAUUUUCACGAAGCCCAACGUGGGUGACUCCGAAUUUCGCUGCCGAUUUCGCGGGACCGGACGGCGGCAACUUUCAAUAUAGCGAAGAACAGAAGAGAGAACUUGCAGAGAACCCGGAAAAGUUCCUAGCGUACCGAAAAGCUCUCGAAAAGACCAUGAGCGGGAGUUUCAUGCUUAACCUUAGGGAUUCAGAGCUACAACAGCUUGCCAAGGAACAUUUGGCCGAGCAUAUGAAGGGAAUUUUGAAAGAUGAAGCUCUGAGCAAAGCAUUGAUACCCGAAUUUGGUGUGGGUUGCAGACGGCCCACGCCUGGUUUGGGAUAUCUUGAAACGUUGACUAAGCCCAAUGCUCGAUUGAUCACCGACCGAAUAGACUCGAUCAUCCCUGAGGGAAUAAAACUUGAGACUGGAGAAACCAUUGAAUUGGAUGUAAUAGUGUGCGCAACGGGGUUCGAGUACUCAUGGAUCCCCCGCUUUCCUGUGACAGGACGCAAUGGGACGAAGCUCAGUGAUCUCUGGAAAGAUCGACCGACGGCAUAUUUCGGGUUGGCUGUUCAGGAUAUGCCUAACUACUUUGUCUUUCUGGGGCCGAAUUCCCCCUUAUCGCAUGGUUCUGCAAUUCCAACAAUUGAGGCAGUCACGAAGUACAUGCUACGCAUGGUGUGGAGAUUUCAGACGGAACGCUACAAGGCUGUUGUCCCUUCGCCUGACGCUGUAAAUGACUUUGUCCAGCACAACGACACGUUCCAUCAAAGGACUAUCUGGGGCACAAAAUGCCGGUCGUGGCUGAAGGGUGGCAAAGAAAAUGGCAAAGUUCUGACCCAUCCAGGCAGCCGUAUCCAGAAUAUUCACUGUCUUCUUAACCCACGGUAUGAGGACUGGGAGUGGAAGUCUCUUUCGAGAAACCGAUUCGCGUAUAUGGGAAAUGGUGUCUCAGUACUUGAACAAGAGGGAAGGGAUAGUACCUGGUAUAUAAAUGAUGCCAAUUGUGGAUACGAAGGAAUAUUUUACUGA